CAAUUGAAAGCAUACUGUCCUUCACGAAUAAUGCUAUAUAUUUCACAGAUCCGCGAGGUUAGGCCUGGCAUGGAGACGAAGAUAGAGGGCUUGGUUUAGCCAAGGAUGACUUGCCGGCCGACGGCCAGCUGAGGGUGGCCGGCCGGCGAGUUAGCCUUGGCUACAUUAUGCUCCCUUCUUACCAUGCUAGACCAUGUAUUCCUCUCCUCUCCUUUGGCGCGCCGGACGGCGGCCUCUGAGUACGGUAAGAAGUUCUUGUAAUCAUGAUUGUAGGCCGUGAAUAACGUGUCAAGAAGAAACGUACCACGAAGAAAUGAAUAAAAGAAUAAGAGAAAUGAAAUGGGUGAUGUACUCUUCAGUAGAGGUUCACUGAUCGACAAAAAAAAUUGAAUGUAUUGAGUGAGUAAUAUCACUCAAAAGCAACAAACCAGGAUUAAUAAUUUUUUGGUAAAGAUAGAAUAUCUUGAUUGAAAACUUUGCUAGUGGUAUAGGUUAGGGUUAGAAUUUUAUGAACUCAUUGAACAAAAGAUUGUAAAAUAUUUUUAUUAAAUUACAGAUACAAAUCAUAUAAAAAUAAGAUACUCGCUAGAUGGGCCGGCUACAGAUCCAUACACCCGAUAUAAAAGAAAUUAGUCGGCCCACAAGUCGAGCCCAUCGCUAGUAGGGUAGUGUUCGUCAGAGUAACCGCCGUUCGUUCGUCGCCGACUUAAAUCCAACCAAACGUAUCAAAUGACGUGGCGGUGUUCCUCUGAUUCAUAUUUUUUACAUCUAUAUAAUUUAAUUUUAUUAUAUUCAUUGAUUUUCUCUUCAAUUCUAUCGAUCCGAUCCGACCGUCCGAAAAUCUUUAAUACAAUCAACUACCAAAAUAUCAAAUUGGAUUCCUUACUGGUCGUCUUCCUUACACUUCUUCUACUUUCUCCCCUCCGUCGUGACUUUCGGGUGACGGAUCCGGCGGUUCAUGGCGGCCGCUAAGUUUCUGGUUUUCUCGCUCUUCCUCGCCCUAGUUCUCACCACUGCUUGGGCGGACGCCUCGGCCGAUAGCGACGGCGAUGUUGCUGCGCCGGUGAGUCAAGUCACUGGAUCUAAAGACCUCGAGACCUCCGCUCUGAAGAUCGAACUCGACCAGCUCACGUCCAAGAUCCAAUCCCUUGAGUCCAAGAUCAAUAAGAAGACAAAGGAAUUGAAGGCGAAAGAUGAGAAAUUGGCUGAGAAGGAUAAACUCAUCAAAGAUAAAGCAGAUAUCGUUGGGUCCCUGCUGAGUGAAAUAUCCUCCCUUCAGAAAAGAGGGAAGUUGGAUGACGCUGAACAGCUGAACAAGGCCAAUGCACGAGCUGCAGAGUUGCAGAAGCAGUUUGAGAAACUUAAAAAUGAAUUUGAAGCACAAAAUGCUGAGAAAGAGGCUCUGGGUACCAAAGCUAGUGAAGGUGAAAGGAAGGUUGAUGAGUUGAACUUGAAACUAAAGAAUCUUCAAAAGAUCAGCGAUGAUCAAAAGAGCCAAAUCCGCAAAACAGAGCGUGCUCUUAAAGUUGCUGAGGAAGAAAUGCUGAAGGCAAAAUUAGAGGUCAGCUCGAGAACUAAAGAGUUGAUGGAGGUUCAUGGUGCCUGGCUUCCUCCUUGGCUUGCUGUGCAAUUAGUUCGUUUUCAGUCGUUGGCACAGAAGCAUUGGAAUGACCAUGGCAAGCCUAGACUGGAAUUAGUCAUCCAAAAGGCCCAAGAAAACAAGGUUAAGGCUGCAAAGUGGGCUGAGCCACACCUAGAGACAGUUAAAACUAAAUGGAUCCCAACUGUGAAGGAUCAGUGGGUGGUGGUAACAACUCAGGCUGAACCUCAUGUGCGGUCAUUGUGUGCAAAAAGCGUGGAAGCUUAUGAGACCUCCAAGACUGCAGUUACUGUUCACUUAGUUCGAGUACAAGAGAUUGUGGACCCUUACUUUCAGGAGGCUAAGAAGUUCAGUAAGCCAUAUAUUGAUCAUGUUGCCACCAUUACUAAACCCCAUGUCGACAAAAUUAGGGUUGUCGUGAAACCUUACACAAAGAAAGCAGUUCGGGCAUAUGGGAAGUUCCUGGAGUCGGCCACUACCUAUCAUCAUCAGGUGCAAGAAACUGUUCAAGAUAUCCUGAAAAGGCAUGAAUUGACAGAAACCCUUGCAACGAAAGAAUUCGUCUGGUUUGUGGCGUCAGCAAUAUUGGCCCUGCCUAUCAUUCUCCUGUCCAGAGUCUGUUCAGCUGUUUUCUGUAAGAAAUCAAAGAGACCAGCUAGAAGUGCCCAUUCCAGCCACUCCAGGCGGAAGGGUAAAAGGGCCCAUGCAGAAAAGUGAAAUUAGCUGAAGGUCGUGUUUGGUGCCUUCGAUCAUGGCGCGUUCGAGGUAUGCUUGAUCAUCGUGAUUGUUGCUGUCAAUAAGCUACAUGUUAUGGUUGUUCUAACCCCUGUUGACUUUCCCUACUGCAGAUGGCACUAGUGGUCUUCAUGGCUAUUUCGUUUGUAGGGGGUAUAUUCUUCAAGCUCGUGGGCGAAAAUUCGAGAUUGGUUCGAGGCUCUGGAGCUCCUCCUUCAGUUUUUAUCUUUGUUGCCAAUGCCAGUUGUCUGUGAGAAAGUGUAGAAGAACGAACACCCCAGUUUCAACACAAUAGUUGCUGUAGUUUUUUGUACCGAGAAGAUUUAGAGAGAGAUGUAUUUUAUGGGGCUAGAGAUGUAGUUAUCACUCAGAGUCAGUGAGUCAGUGUCACACAUUGUAUUUCUUUCUUUGCACGGAAAAGGUCAUAUUUCAUUCACAAAGUCGAAAAUAGCUUCAAACGUGUUGUGGUAAACUGGUAGUUAUGGAAUCUCUCUUUUAUGUACACGAACGAAUUUUACUCUUUUUACUGGUUUUUCCAUGUCUUCGGAGAUGCUAAAUGUGAUUCAUCAUUUGAUUCGAUGAAGCGAUUGGAUGAGCUCGGUCGUUAAACUUUCUACCUGAGGUUAAAUUGGCGGACGGGUUUUUUUUUUUAUAGAGAAAACUUGUAAUUAUAAUUUGACUAGUUCAUAUUUUGCUAUGUCUUACAUGUACAAAAUUCGAAUUUUGAGUACUCAUGGAUAGUAUGGUUUAACUUAAUAUAUACUAGGUUUUCUUUUCCCGCGCUCUGCGACGGAAUGGGCGUGCUAAUUUAGUUAUUAUAGUUCAAUUUUAUGGAUGCCUACUCAGAUAUAAUGAAUAUGAUCAAUGAGUUUAUCUAAUAAGAAAUUCUUAAUCAAGAUGCUCAUUUUAACACUACCCAAAUUCAAUGGGCGAGUAUCAAGCUUGAAUCGGAUGCUAUACGGUUGUAAAUAUAUAAUAAAAGUUUGGUACCUAAUUUGAAUAGAAAUGUUUGAACUUAAUAUUCUUUUUUGGCAACAUGAUCGUAUACUCACUCAAAUGAAUGGAAAAUGUCAGUAAAAAAUGUCAAUGUUUAACUGGGCCAAUGAUGCUCACGGGCUUUCAUUGAUCAAUUUCUAAGUUUGACCAAAUAAAUAACUUAGAGCCCUUGUAGCCAUCGAUCAAAGUUUGUUCUCCAACUAAUUAACUAUGAAAUUGGUCAGAACAUGCGAGCUAGAGUACAUAUUACAUAAUUUAAAGUAUGCAUAUCUAUGCAACUACUUCCAGUUCCAAAAUUUAGAAGCGCACAUAAUAAUAAUAUUAUUAUUAUUAUUAUUAUUAUUAUUAUUAUAUAUACAUGUCGAGAACAAAACAUAACUUGAUGA